ACGGAUGCUCGGUAGCGCAGGCAUUUCAAGUGCUGAAAAAAUCUCCGUUUACCGCAGUUAUCGGUUCGAAAACGUUUUAAAUACCCACCAACAUGAAGUGCCAAAUCCCAGAGAUAUCGUGGCAUAACCGUGACCCGGUGCUGAGUGUCGAUAUUCAACCGAAAAGUGCUAACGAUCGCGACCCCAAGUAUCGGCUCGCAUCUGGCGGUACGGAUUCCCAUGUGUUGAUCUGGUAUAUGACACAAAACCCGGAAUGUGGUACAAUCACGUUAGAUCUGGCGGCCGAUCUCACCAGGCAUCAGCGAGCGGUAAACGCUGUACGCUGGUCCCCUUCCGGAGAGCUUCUGGCAUCGGCGGACGAUGAAAGUGUAAUCUUCAUUUGGAAACAGAAAGGAGAAACCGAAAUCGUCAAUAUACUUGAUACGGUCGACGAGCAGGACAAGGAAACGUGGCUUACGCUGAAGAUCUUGCGUGGCCACAUGGAAGACGUGUACGAUCUUUCCUGGUCUGCCAACUCACUGUUCCUCGCCAGCGGCUCGGUGGACAACACGGCCAUAGUGUGGGAUGUGAUGCGUGGAAAGAGCCAGGCCAUCCUGCACGACCACAAGGGCUUUGUGCAGGGUGUCGCCUGGGAUCCGAAGGACAAGUACCUGGCCACCUUAAGCACGGACCGUUAUUUUCGUGUGUUUGACAUCCAAACGAAGCGAGUAAUUGCGAGGUGCAACAAAUGUACGCUACCCGUACCCAAAACACACCCGCUGCGUGAUAAAACGGUUCGCUUGUUUCACGAUGAUACGUUGCAAACGUUUUUCCGCCGCCUGAGCUUUAGCCCAGAUGGAAACUUGGUCGUUUGUCCGUCCGGUGUGGCCGAGGUCGAGGGUGUACCGAAGCCGCUAAAUACCACCUACAUUUUCACGAGGAACUCCUUUCGGCAACCUGCGAUAACGUUACCUUCACCGGAUCAGUACACGGUCGCCGUUCGCUUCUGCCCAGUGUUUUUUGAGCUCCAUCCGUAUCCGGAAAACAAGCCACCUACAAUACCGCUGCCGUAUCGGAUGAUAUUUGCCCUGGCGACUAAGAGCUCCGUCUAUCUGUACGACACGCAGCAAAAGGCACCGUUUGCGCUCAUAUCCAACAUUCACUACACGCGUCUAACCGACCUGUCCUGGUCGUCGGAUGGGAAGAUUCUCAUCGUUUCCAGUACGGACGGGUUUUGUUCGUUGAUUUUCUUCGCCGAUGACGAGUUGGGCAAGGUGUACGAUGGCUCGACGAACAGCAACCCAGCGGAGAGCUCUUCGGCCGGAACGAAAGAAAAAACCCCUCCGAAAACAUCAUCAAAUUGUGUGGAUAAAGUCGUGCCUUCACGGAAGAAUGGCAACGAAAAGGAAAAAGUGGCUCAACCGAUCGCAUUCAGACGGAAGACCAAACCGCCGGCGGAAAACAAUCAGGCAACAGUAGUCGCAUCGGCCGUCACGCCAGAAGCCGGGCCAUCGGUUCAACCCGAACCCGCCAGUACAGGUGGCGGUGUGGAGUAUAUAAUCGAAAAGGAUAAAAUCAUAAGCAGCGCGGAAAAGUUCGAGAGUCCGUCAAAAAAGGAUCGGCCUGUUACACCGAUCGCCGUACGGCGUCAUCCACGGACGCCAUCGGAUACGGCGUCGAACGACUCGCAUCCGUCCCCAGCGGCAGCCCCACAACCUUCAGCUUCGUCGUCGUCGGCGGCAGCGGCGGCGGCGGGCUCAUCGGUUGGGAAGAAAGCGGCGAAACCGAUCGCCAUUCGACGGCACCCGCGUGCGCUCACCGUUGAUCCGGUGAAGCCAUCGGUCGAGCCGACCGCCGAAGAAGACGCGAACGAUACGUGGCCCAUAGAUCAACCGAAACCGGUGGCCAAACAGCAACAGGCAAAGCUACAACCACCUUCCGACACCUUUCAAAUGGAAGUAGACCAAACGGAGGACAUAAUGUUGGUGGUUGUGUCGGAUGAUGAUGAUGAUAUCGGGCUGAAACAGCAAGAAGCGGAGGAAACGAAGGAACCGGCCAAUAGUGGGGACAUCACCGUGGAAACUGCCGGCUCACCGAAGACUCCCCGACGGGUCGAAUUCCGGACCAUAUCGACACCCAAAUCGAAGAAGAAAAUUUUAUAAACGAGACCACUAGAUAGUUAGUAGUAGUAUUCUUUUCCGUCAUGAUUGUGUAUAGCGCUAUUUAGUCUAUUUAAGCCGUGUGGAGUUUUGUAAUAAAAAUAUGACCUAUUAAGAAAAAAGUUAA